AUGGAUAAUAAACAAUCUAAGAAAACAACAUCAACUGAACUUACUGAGAAACAGAUAGCUAUGCUCAAAUCAGCUACCAAAUAUACUGAAAACGACAUUCAAGAAUGGCAUACGGAAUUUAUUUAUAAUUGUCCAAAUGGUCGACUUGAUAAAAAAAAUUUCACUGAUAUCUAUGAGAAAUUUUAUCCAAAUGGAAAAGUAGAUCGUUACUGCGAAUAUGCAUUUAAUACAUUCGAUAGAAAUAAUGAUGGUACAAUUGAUUUUGAAGAAUUUCUUUUAUCCAUGGCAGCUACAAGUCAGGGUUCUAUUGAUGAUCGUCUUGGCUUUGUUUUUGAUAUGUAUGAUACCUCUCGUGAUGGACUAAUAGAUCAAAAACAACUGACUUCAUUAAUCUCAGCUAUGUUUGAUCUUCUUGGUACAAGUGCUUGCCGAGUUGAUUGUGAUCCAGAAACACUUGCUGAAAACAUUAUGGCAUAUCUUGAUGUAAAUGGUGACAAGAAAUUGGAUAAGAAAGAAUUUAUUGCUGGUUGUAAAAAUAAUGAUUCUAUCUGUCGAUUACUUGCUCCUAAUAUUUAA